AGGCUUAUGAAAAAUAAGUGCCUCAGAUUUUCUCACCCUCAGUUACAAUAAUGAUUUUCGCAGUUUUGAAAUUGUAUUUUUGUUAUACUUCGCAAAUCCAGGAGAUCAUAACUAAAGCGAAGGGUUACUUAAAUUAAAUAAGCAAAAUUAUAAUGCGAUAUCCUCGUUAAAAAUUCCAGAAGCGCAAUUCGAAGUUAAAUGAGCAUGAUAUCUCGAGCGUGAAAAUGACAAUGUGUUGAUAUCAAGUUUUCCCAAAAACUAUACAACUAUAGAGUUCUAAAGUUUUUGGUUUGCCUCGAAAUCUCUAAAAAAUAUACAGGACGGGCCUCUGUGUUCUGCCAGAAGACUGCUGAUCGCCGAGCAGCCGGAUGCAGUCUGCUGGGACUGCGGGAGGAGGGGCGCCGGUCGGCGAUGACGUCAUCUCCGGCACCUCCGGCGAGGAGAGGAUGGUCACAGUCUCCUUCGCCACUUCGGAGCAGCGAGAGGACUCUGUCAACACGGUGGAUGUGCGGGCGAGCUCCAGCGGCAGUGGCAGUGGGCUGAUGAGCCAGUCGCUGUGUUGCCGUAUCUGCCUGGGCCUGAGCGAGGAGUCGCUGCUGUCUCCCUGCCAGUGCGUGGGCUCGCUGGCCUUCGUUCACCGCUCCUGCCUGGAGAAGUGGCUCAGCUCGUCCGGGCGCGACUACUGCGAGCUGUGCGGGCACAAGUACCGCGUGCAGCGGGUUCCUUGUUAUGGCCUUUGUGCCAGCCUGCGGGUCUGGGCGCUCCACCCCAGUGUGCGGGAAGAUCUGCGCUACUGCGAUAGUAUGGUGAUUCUCUGCUUCUUCGCGGUGACGGUGAUCGCGUGGACGUGCCUGCGCGCCGGCCGCGUGGACUCGGUGGACCCGGCGGAGGCCGUGUUCUGCUGCCUCGCCCUGCUGUCGCUGGCGGUGGCCCUGCACGUGCUCGGCACGCUGCUGGCGGAGUGGUGGCUGUGGUGGCGCAGCUGCUCGCGCGCGCACCUCGUCGCCGACUAGUCGCCCCACCGCCCGCUCCUUUACGUCACCUGCACCGCUUCCAAUAAAACAUAAUUCCAAAUAUUA